AUGGAGGGCCUGGGGGAGUUGGAGAUCGUCCUCAUGUCCGCGGAGGGGGGCUUGCUCAAACGUCAGGUGGAGUUGUUCACCGAUAUCGCUCUGGUCACCGACGACGCCAUCUUAGCCUCGGAAAGGUCUCCAAUGGCUUCAGCCGGCUCCGACGGGUUCAAUUGGAACCCUACUAGGGGCUUCUCUGUGCGCUUCCCCGUCCUUCGUGACUGCUUGGGGAGCCAAAAGCUGCGUUUCGUCUUCUGGUGCGUGUUCUCCGGCGGGGACAUCCUCGCCGGUCAAGCGGAGGUUCCCCUCGCCGGCCUCCUCGAGAUGUCGUCUUCCUCCGCUGGGCCUCUCUUCCUGAGCACGGAAAUCAAGCGGCCCGGAGGAGGAGAUUGCGGCGCGGUCACCUUCAGUUACGAGUACCAGGAGAGGCCCUCGCCGUUGAACGCCGGGAUUGCCGUUGGUGUGCCGGCUUACAAGCCAGCGGCGGAGCAGAUGUUUCACCCGAGUUGGAUAAUAUGGCUGGUCGGCGGUUCGGUGGCGGUGGGAUUCUUCCGGGACCUGUUCUCCAGCAGAGCACCUCCGACAGGUAGGGAGCAGACGGUGAUCUUGUACGAUCUCCGGUGUCCAGCUCCGGCGACAGGCACAUCAUCAACGGGCGCUGGGUUGCUCUUCUUCGCCUUCGUCCUCUAUCUGAUCUCCCGGGCUCUCAGGGAUCGCCGGAAUGCCUGA